AUGCAUUUCCCGGCACGGAAUUGCGCCCCCAUCGUGUCGGCGGCGACGGGGAGGAUACCACAACGUGGGGCCCAGUACGCCUCGUUGGGGAACAUUGGCUCGUCGGGGCCAAUUGGCUGGGCUAAGAACAACUCUGCCCUCUCAUCUAGACAUAUCAGGUCAUUCUCAGGGAGGUGGAUCGGUAGGGGGAUUGGUCUCAGAGCUUCUGGUGCAUCACUAGUAACGAAGCUGAGAUGUACUGGGCCGGCUGCAGUUCCACGAGAUCAUCUUGCAUGGAUUCAGAUCAGGAAGUUCAGCCAAGCAGAUCAUACACAAAUUUCAGGCGAUAAACAGGAGACUGAAGAGCUUUUGGAGAAGUUUGAAGUUCAAGAGGGCAAUCAAGAAGCUCGGCCUCAGCGGACGGUUCUUCGUGAGAAUGGCCAAGUGGAUGGGUCACCGGAAGAGCAGAAGUGGCCUGAAACGAAGACCAAAGGUAAAAUGUUGACGACGCCAUCGCGGCUUUUCAAGUUGAUCAUUCCUUUAACGACCAUUAGCAAUGAAGGCCAUGAUAAAGCCCAAUCAGAAAUCGAACCAAUAGCUAUCCUAGUCCACCCUCAACAACCAUUAUCAUAUCUAGAGCGCCUGAUUCAGUCAGAACUACCUCCAAUCAGAGGCAAUACAGAUAAGCUCCGCCCACCAGCGAUAUCCUUCAUCGCACUCCAGCACGAUGACAACGCAAUCAAGCCCAAAAAGCGAAUCGAAGACGAGAUCGACCUAGAUGCAAGGGAAAACAAAGAAGACUUCAUCCCCGGCAACGACGGCGUUGGCGGGAGCAAACCCCUCAACGGCCGCCGAUUACCCACCGAACACCGCCGGUCCCGUGAAGAAGACGUCGAAACCUACAGCUAUCCACGCAACAAGAACGGCACCCCGCCGCCCGACGGCGAACCCGAGCGUUUCGUGCGCUGGUCCCAGGCCACAGAGAUAGGCGACUUUAUCCGGGAUGCUGCGCGCACGGGCGAGUUUAUCGUGACAAUCGAAGGCGCGCCGUCCGGCCUGAGUCAGAUUCGCGUCACUGUGCCGUCGUUCAACGAGCGCACGUAUUACCUCCGCAUGCGACUACGCAAGCUCUCGCGACGCAUCCAAACCAUAGCGGGUGUGAAGGAGAAGUGUGAUGCGUUGGCGCAUCGGGGUGCGCAGCGGGUUGCGAUUGGCGGGUUUGGUAUUCUUUCCAUUUGGUGGUUUACGGUUUACAGGUUGACGUUCGAGACUGAUCUCGGAUGGGAUACUAUGGAGCCUGUGACUUACUUGGUCUCUUUGUCUACUUUGAUGGGUGGUUAUUUGUGGUUUUUGUAUCACAAUCGGGAGAUUUCUUACAAGUCUGCGCUGGAUUUUACGAUCAGUACGAGGCAGAAGAAGCUUUAUCAGUUGCAUAACGUUGAUUUGCAGCUUUGGGGGUCUUUGAUUGAUGAAGGAAACUCCCUUCGUGGGGAGAUUAAGAAUAUCGCUGCUGAGUAUGAUACUGAGUGGAAUGAGCGGGCUGAUGAGCAGGACAAGCGUGUGACGGAAGUCUUGAAGUCAGAGCGUCGGCAGAGGAAUGAGAAGAAGGAUGAUGAUGAUAAGAAUGACAGGGAUGAUGAUUGA